AUGGAAGCCGUCACCCCAACGCCCCUUGCAAUCUCCAACGUGAGACUUGACCCGCCCAGUUUUACUCCCUUCAGUGCGGUCCCGGUCGACUUGGUCAAAGUUUCCUCUGCAUCGAGCAUUCUGCAUGGUGUACAGUUGGCAAUGAAGAAUAUUGCCAAUAUGGAACGAAGGGAUCACCGAAGCCUCGCCCUAUCUGGGCUGCAAAGCUUAUUCAUUCCCAACAUUUGUGAUGUGCUUGGUCAGGCCGGCCAAGAUCGAGUCAAGAAUAUGGAUCCAGACACGCCAGUCUACCAGAGCGUUAUGCUCGACUUUCACAAGGCCCUCAUCAGCCAAUACCACUCUCUAACCAGUGCCAGUCGCUACUCAGACAUCAUAACUGACUUUUGUGUGAACAACAAUCACGAGGCUCGGAUCUCAUCGAUGCUGAACAUUAGUUCUUACGCCACGUCUAUAGUUUGGGACGAGACUGUGGUCCUGGCGAUGAUUAAGGCUCUUCCUAUGGGUAGUAUUCUCUUAUAUAUUUGGAAGAAUCUUGACGAUAUUCGCAACGCCGAGCCUUCUUUCUUGACUAGCGGGGAUUCUGCAGCAAGAAAGUUGGUGCUGCUCGGCUUGCACAACCUGACUGGCCUAAGCAAGACGAUGAGCUACACCGAUAAAGACGUCGAACUAGUGGGAUUCAAUGCCACGACGACUGGUUUACACGCCCUUGACGGGAAGAAUGCGUGGGUUGUAGGCCGUAACCAGACCAUGAAGAGCGUUGGGGAGCUUAUAUUCACAAAUACCCUCCAGGGCAUUCACAAGGUCAUGUUUGGCGACCUUGCCAACUGUCUCCUUGGAGAAUCGCUUAUGACCGCUGCCCACUUUCGCUGGCAGGUACACCACCGUGCUCUUACAAUGGACGUACCUGUCGAGGCAGUCCUGCAUAUGAUGCCCGCACCCUAUAUCGACGAAUACUAUCGCCUAGAAGGAUAUUGGACCAUGGCUGACUUUGCCAGAAUGCCAUUUAACCUUCGAUGCAUUCAGGUGGGUGCCAAUACCGACUUCACUAAGUCGGAGACCACCAUGGUCGUGGCUCUGACAGAACAAGAUAUCGUUGCCCAGUUGACAAAGCCCGACAAGACGCUUAUAAGUAUUGACCAUAUAAACUCCGCGGGCGCUCAAGGCACGUUGGCCAGGAACCCUACGGCCGAGGAAGGAGUCAUGCUUGACGGUGUGCAGAUCGCGGAUAGUUUCGCCGCAACUGCUAACCCAGGUGAUCCUAUUAGCACAGCAAAAAAGGCCGGCUGGUACUCUGGAGCUAGCCUAGACAAUAUAAGAGGUGCGAAAACAUUCUUGGACGGCAUUACCGCAGCCAUCAACAGGGCCAAGGUCAGGCUAAGCACAGCUGACCCUGCCACAUGGGCCACCAUGACCCCGAGCCAGUGGGAGCUCGCCAUCCGGAACGACUGGGAAUUUCAGCGCGAGGGUCAGGCCAUAACUAAGGACGUCUUUGUUGAGGACAUUGUAAAACAGUUUUCCGAUGAGCUGCCAAGUAUGAUAGGUUUCAUUUCUUUGCUCGCUGGCAACCAAUAUGUCUUGAUGAGCGGCCUCGCCAAGACCCAUAUACUGGAUGUCACCGGUGCAAUCGACGGUGGGCUUGUUAGCGGCAAUAUUCGAUACGCGACAGUCGAGGCGGCUGUCCACGACAUAACCCUCGCCCAAGUCAUGACUCAGAUUGACCGUGUGAAUAAUGCAGUUACAGAUGCGCAAGCCAUACUACAAGCCAAGCAGGACAUGCUCAUUGCUCAGAAGGACAAGCUGUCCCAGGACGAGAUUGAUCUCCAGGAGGCAGAGAUUAAGGAGGACCAGAAUGACAUCUAUAAGUUAAAUCAACAGAAAGCAGAAUUCCAAGACGUACAGCAGAUGCAGAGCGAUCCUCAGCACUCGACUGAUCGUAUCAAGGAGGCGCAAGAUGGUAUCGAUGAUGCGCAGCAGAGUAUUACCAACCCAGGGGAAGUAUAA